UCUUAUCAUCAUCUGACGCAUCUCUUGUGCUGCUUUCAAGCUUUUUUCACUGUGAGUGUUCAGUCUACCCUGAAGGCCUCCUGGUGAUCAUGGAUUACAAACUGCAUCCCACCUGUUGAUCACUGGUUUCACAAGUAAAAUCCAGGUUUAUGAGCAGAUUUCUUAAAUCAAGACAAACGAUGUGGGCCAGAGCUGUAAUACUUUUCAUUGGUGUGUUAUUCCAUUACCAGCAGGCCUUAGCAGUGGAUACCUACAUGGCUGAGUUCAUGAUAGAAAGCAAUGCUACGUUGUACGUCUCUGGUGCUCUAUCAGCAAUCAAGCAAACAGCAACACCUAAUACAACAAUGACUAUUGUACUGCUUGAACUAACAGCAGAAUGUAAAAUUGCCGGGAAUGCUUCUACGUGUAACUGUUCAUCAACAUACAUCUGGAGUAACGACGUGUGUGACAAUUUCCAGUGUUGCCAUGACUCAUAUUGUAACGCAAAUAUUUCUCACUACCCAGCCCUCUGCAUACCCAAAGUGAAAGUUCGCUUUAAUGGAACAGUCCAAGUGAGAAUAACAAUUAAUCAAACUGAUACUAUCAAAAAACAGCUUACAGAUGGUUUUAAACAAUUACAUGGGUUUGAGUGCCUCAAUGUGUCUGGACCGAGGGAUGAUGGACAAAUGUUUGAUUUUAAAGUGGAUCUCAGUGUCAUAUUUCUGACUGAUACACUUGCAAAAAUAAUAGCUGACCUGGAACCUACUGUUGGCAAAAUAGCUGUUGAAACAUCAGGACUCGUGAGCAUUCAGUGUCCAAUGGACACAGUGAAAUUCUCCUCAACACCCACGCUAAACUGCAGAUUUGAAGAGAAAACAAACGGCUCUUGGAACUGGAACCUGUUAAAAGGAAAUAAGACAUUUGAUCUGAACACUGGAAGCAGCAUCACAGUCUCAUUACCCAAUGAAACGCCACAGAAUUGUACCACAGUCCAAAUUAUAAAGUUGUCAGGGAACUGGGCAGGGAUUUAUAAGUGUGGAUUUUCCAAAGGGUCCAUUGUGCACGCAGCCACUGCAGAGUUGAAGGUAGCCCUGCUACCAGAUAAGAUCACCAUGAUGAUUGACCCUCUGACUGUAGAAUGCCAAGAUGCGGUGCCACCUGUGACAGUCACUGCAACCAUCGAUAACAGCACAGAGCAAUACAAGGUCACUUGGUUAUACCAAAAUUAUCUCCAAACUCCAAAUCUCCAAACUCAACCAGUACCACCAACUGGGAUAGCCUACUCCACAGUGAUAUCUAUAAAUUGCCGUCCAUCAAGCUCACCCCAUGUUGUCAUCGUCAGCUUUACAAACCAGAUGGAUGAGAUCAAGAAAGCAAGCAUAACUAUCCCAGUGAUAUAUGCUCAUGACAAGAACCAGGCUUGUCCUGAAGACAGUAAUGUUUGGCCAAAGACCCCAAGAGGUGUAACUGUCACCAUCCGAAAAUGUGAGGUGAAUAGAGUUGGGUACAAAGAGCGGACAUGCAAGGGGCCUGAGUGGAUGGAGGUGCUGGAUAACUGUGUCAAUGAGGAGCUCAACAAAGUUGUCAAUGCAGCAGCAAAUUUUAAAGAGGGACUUGGGGCCACUGUUCAGGUUGCUAUUCAAAUCUUUUCUGAUUUGAGGAAGAGCAUGGUUGCUGACUCAGUUGCUGAUCUGAGUGCAUCCAUCGAUGUGCUGGAUACCAUGUCGAUAGCAUCAAAAACCAUCACCCUGGAUAACACCAUUUUAGAUACAUUUCUUGAUGCAGCAAGCAACAUGUUGAAUAACACGUGGAAGGCAGUCAACAAAACCCUUGAAUACGAUAUGUCCUCAAAGUACCUCACGUCUAUCGAGGGUCUAGUGGAUAACAUCAAAAUGAAUUCCAGUGAGGGAAAUGACACCCCAAAUAUACAACUCAAACUCUGCAAUGUUCAAAACGGCACAUCUUGCAAUUACAUUGUGUUUGGUGUAGAGGUCAAUUUGACCCUGUCCUCGGGAAUAGUGAAAACUGUGGGAGUAAAAAACCUAGCUGACAAAUUAAACAAUUCUAAAUUCUCAGACUAUAAAUUCCCUAGCAUUGUGGUGUCAGCCACACUGCAAAACAGCAAUGACUCCAAAAUAGACAUCAAAUUGGACUUUCCCAUGAACCAGUCGAUGACUCAAGACUCCAACAUCCUCUGUGUGUUCUGGAACACCACAUUGAACGAAUGGUCUGAAGAAGGCUGCAAGUGGAAGAAAGGGGACAACAAUAGAAGCUAUUGCGAGUGCACCCACCUGACCUCCUUUUCAGUGCUGAUGUCAAAGAUCCCGGUGACCCUGCUCUUUCUGGAUGAGAUCACCUACGUGGGCCUCGGCGUGUCCAUCUGCUCCCUCAUCAUCUUCCUCAUCAUCGAGGCGCUGGUGUGGUCGGCCGUCGUCAAGUCCAACCUCUCGCACUUCCGCCACACGGCCCUGGUCAACAUCUCUCUGUGCCUGUUACUGGCCGACUGCAGUUUCCUGGCCGCCUGCUUCUCCAGCAUCAAAACCUCUACCUGGUGCCUCGUCCUGACCGUAACCAAGCAGUACUUCUUCCUGGCUAUGUUCUGCUGGAUGCUAUGCCUCAGCAUCAUGCUACUACACCAGCUCAUCUUCAUCUUCCACCCGCUGAGGAAGAGGGUAUAUCUGCUCCUGUCCAUCAUCCUCGGCUACAUCUGUCCCACAGUGAUAGUGUCAGCUACCUAUGUGUACUACAAAUACACAGGGAAACCCUACCACAACACGGAAACCUGCUGGCUCACUUACGAGGGACUUCUGAAGGGGUCCAUUCACGCAUUUCUUCUGCCCGUCGGGACAAUUAUUUUGAUGAAUCUCUUCUCCAUGGGUGUUGUCAUCAUGACACUCCUAAAGUCCACUGUCUCUGAUGGUAGUAAAACCGAUGAGAAAGAGGCAGCCAAAAGCAUCAUGAAAGUGAUGGUCUUUUUAACGCCAGUCUUUGGAGUAACAUGGGUUUUGGGAUUCUUUGUGCUGCUCAUUGAUAUCAACACACCAAUGGGUGUUCUGAUGAAUUAUGCUUUCACCAUCAUAAACUCCUUUCAGGGCCUCUUCAUUUUGCUGACUGGAUGUUUUGCAGAGAAAAGGGUGAAAGAUGAGGUGUUGAAACUGUUCUUGGCUGGGGCAAGUACUACCAAAGGGACAAGUGAGAGUAUGAAAGACUUGACAAAGUCCACUUCAAAUAAUUGAUGAACAUCAAGAAAACUAGCUAUAUUCUGGAUCAAGCUAUAUACUGGAUCAGGACCAACCCAUAUGUCUGCCACUACUCUCACCCAGACAGAAACAUCCACCUGGUUGUUUCCUCAAA